UUAGCCAGGUUUUACUGGACCCCCAUGUCUCAACCAUUCUGGAUGAAUGCCUGUCUCCUGUUUCAGUGGCUUCAGACAUGCAGUCUCGAUCUGUCUCUUUGGAAUCAUUAUUUGGUGAGAGCCGACCUCCAUCUGUCGAUUCCUUGGAUGAAAGCGGGCCACUUUCACAUGAGUCACCCAUUACAGAGUUGGGAGAAAUUCUGGUAGAAUCUGAUCUCGCUUCACUGGAAGGGCAUUUAUCGCCUGUUUCUGCUAUGUCAGAUAUUGAAUUUGUGUCUAUAACAUCAGCAUUUAAUGAGCGCAGACAGUCAUCUGUAGAUUCUGCUAAGAAAAGCUGUCCUGUUUCACUAGACUCAUGCAUUCCAGAGUUUGAACACACUUUAGUAAAAGUUAAUAAAAACACACAACAGAAAUCCUUGUCACCUAGUUCAGUUCUUUCAGAUCUAGAUUGUGUGAUGUCAGAUAUUGAAUGUGCACAAUCAGAUGUAAACUUAUCUAUUUCAGAACAGAGACCUGACUCAUCAGAAUCACAAGCAUCUGAGACCAUGGUGAUAGUACAGACCAAUAAUUCGGCUUAUUUAAAGGAAAUCAGGGUACCAGUCUACAGAUUGGUUUUUGAUGCAGAACUUUGGAAGCUUAUCUCUAAAGUACGAGAUCCUCAGUACAGUGGGGAGACAUUCUUUAGUAAAAUAGGAGUUUUUGAAUAUGUUGGCACCAGAAUUGAGUAUUUUCCAGAAUCCCCUGUAGUAAAAACAAACGAGUUGGAGAAUAAUUUAAGGUCAGGCAAUGCAGAAUUAGAAUCCGGAUCUUUGUCUCUUUUGGAAAUGACUACAAAUGUUAAAACAUCAAAUUCCAACUUGUGUCUAGAUUCUCAUGGUCCCAGAUUUUCCUUUCAACACCUCAGCAUUUCUCAGUCUCUGCCAAACUCACCAGUAUCAACCGUAUCAGUUGAAGAUUCAGAACAUUGCAUACCCACAGUUUUCAGUGAAAGCACACAUCAAUCAAUGACUUCAGCAAUAUCUGUUGAUGACAGGAGUGCAAUAUCACAUGAUUCACCCUUCCCAGAUUUCAGGCCUGUAGUAUCGGAGUCAGUUACAGCUUAUUCAAUCGUACCAGAAGGUGGAUGUCAGACCCUGUUACGUGAUUCAACUGUAAGACAGAUCAAAGCAAAAGAAACUGAACGCUUUGCCUCAUUUGUUGGAUUCAGGUCAGAAUCUCCACCAGUUCUUUCACACUUGGAGAGUGCUCAUCUAAUAAGUACAUUGAGGCAAACUAAAGGCAUACCAGACGCAUUUGAGUCAGAAGCCAAGCUUGAAAGGAGACCUUUGUCAUCUGAUUCUGAGUCAGAGUGUAGGUCUAUAUCACCUGGGUCUCUGACUUUCAUUUUCAAACCAUCCCCUGAAUCUGUUGGUUCUCCAAAUGAAUUCAGAGCGCUGUCCCCAGAUUCUCCAAUUCCAGAGUUUAAGGAAGCACUACAGAAAUCCAUAAACACAUACUGUGAGCUUAGAUCUUCUGUCCCAGAGUCAGUGUCAUCAGAAUCGGAGGUGGAAAUGAAUUGGGGGGAGACAUGGUUUGAGGAACAGUGUCUAUCUCCUGACUCUGCCACCUUUGGUAGUGAAACAAAUCUUCCAGCUGAUUCUCCAGUACCUGACUUUAGACAACUUUUCUCAGUUGCUCAUGUUGAUUACAGUUGUUACAGGGCAUCAUCACCUGAAUCCAGUCGUUCAGAUUUGGAUUUUGCUCCCUUCAUUUCUCAACUGUUUGAAGAUGAAGUUAAAGAAAGACCAAAUACCACAGAGUCAAAUCUAUAUUUGCAUGAAUUCCAACAUUUAUCCCCAGACUCACCAAUACCUCAAUACACUCACAGGGAGGAAAACACAUUAAUAUGUGGUUCUGCAUCUCCUGUGUAUUCAGAGGAGGAGUUAGAGAUAGAGUUUUGUGAGUCCUGGUUUAUUGAGGACAGAAGAGCAUCUUCUGGUUCAUCAUCUGAAUCUGAAUUCAGACCAGACUCCCCCAUACCUGAUUUUACUCAGGCGCUACAAGAGUCCUUUAAUUCACACUCUGCUUUAAGAUUCUCAUCCCUAACCUCACUAUCUUCAGAGGAAGAAACCAAUUUAGAAUUGGACAUAUCUGUGCCUUGUCUUUUUGAAGACCGAGCAGUAACUCCUGGUUCUUCAAUAUCUCAAGAUGAAUUGAGACCAGACUUGCCCAUUCCUGAAUUUACACUUAAUCGUGCUGAAAUAUGUCACAUGAAUGUAAUUGUUUCAUCUUCUGAGUCAUUGGCUUCAGACAAAAAAUUGGAGAUUGAUUUGUGUACGACUUGGCUUUUUGAAGACAGAGCGACAUCUCCUGGUUCAACAACAUCCAAAGAAGAGUUUGAUGCUCCUUCAUCAGAUUCUCCCAUUCUCACACUUACUCGAAUACCAGAAAAAUCCACAACUUUGCUCUUUGUUUCAAGGUCUACUUCAUCAGAAUCAGUGUAUUCAGAUUGGGAAAUGGAAUUAUCUUCUUCUCUGAUGACAGAUGAUUUCCCUCUGUCACCUCUAUCCCUAACACCUCAAAGUCAAUAUGGAUUGCUUUCUCCAGAUUCACCUGUUCCUGACUUUAACCUGGACUUUUCUGAUAGUCAUCAUAAGAUAUGUUACAACAGGUCAUCAUCAAUUGAAUCAGAGGCUUCAGAAAUUGAAUAUGCCCCUUUAAUUUCACAGACUAUUGAUUUUGAGGGCAGUGUAAAAUUCUGCCCAUCAGGACAGUCAGAUGAUGAGCUUGGACGUUUGUCUCCCAUCUCUCCUUUACCCCUGCACUCCCUAGCCUUAUCUUCUGAUGUAAGGGUCAGAUACAGGUCCACUUCUCCCGAGUUUGAGUUCUUAGAGGAAGAUGUGGACACUGAUUUGUGUAUGGCUUGGCUCUUUGGAGUCCGAUCAGAAUCUCCUUGUUCAAGAAUAUCCAAAGAAGAGUUGAGACCACUUUCACCAGAUUCACCUAUUCCCAUAUUUAGGCAACAGGACUCCAUAAUACCUAACUGGGAACUAAGGUCCACAUCACCUGAAUCAGUGUUUUCAGAUUUAGAAAUGUCUUCAGAGUUCCCAAGCGUAACUGAAAGUAGACCUUCUUCCCCAGAAUCUUUAACAUCAAUCUGGCUUUCACCUGAUUCUCCUCUACCUGACCUUGUGCAGCCAGUGUUUGAACUACCUAAGGCAAUUUUCAGAAGUAGGUCGAUAUCGCCUGAGUCAACUUGUUCAGAGGUUGAAUACAUUGUUUUAAGCCUGGGGUCAUUAUUGUAUGACAACAGACAAUCUUCUCCAAGUUCAGGAGCAUCUGGAGAUGAAAACCAGGCACGGUCUCCCGACUUGUUAAGAUCUGAUUACAAAGAAGCAGUGCGAGAACAUGUGAUAGUAAAUGUUGGCUAUAGAUCACCGUCCCCUGAGUCUAUUGAGUCAGAUGUUGAGUAUGCUUUAGGCGAGCUUUUGAUAGCAUUGGGAUUUGGUGUUGAACAUAGGAAAGAUUCUUUUCUGUCAAUAGAGUCACAGAUUCAGGACAGGUCAUUUUCAACUGAGUCCAUACCAGAAUUCAAAUCUGUGUCACCUGAUGAAUUGAUGUCACUUAGAAGCAUUACAAGUGAAUCCCUAGAGUCAGUUGAGGAAAACACAAGAUUAUCACCAGACUCACCGCUUCCUUCUUUUACUCAGAAUGUACUUGAGACUGUAAUACAGGAAACAUACACUAGGGCUUCAUCCCCUGAGUCUCUGCUAUCAGAUACUGAAUAUUACUUGGUAAAUUUUUCAUUUGACAAAGGACUUGAAGACAAAAGAACAAUGUCACCACAGUCAGAAAGAUCAGAUAUUGAAUAUCCUCCUGAAUCUCCAGUGCCUGAUUUUACUCAGACAUUUGCAGAAUCUGCUGUGAUUGUAACAAGCUAUCCAGCAAUAGAAUUUUCAUAUUCUGAUGAAAUGUCACAACUACCAACUCCAUUUUAUGCAGAAACAAGAUCGUAUACACCAGAAUCAUUGGAGAAAGAGGAGCAUUUAGCACCCAAAUCAUCACUGGUUGAAACCAGUGAUCGCAUUGUUUCAGAAACAUCAGUUGAGCCUCUCCCACCUGCCACUGUACCUCAGUACAGUCUUGUUUAUGACGCUGAGCUAUGGAAGCUGAUUUCUCAGGUACGAGAUCCUCAGUAUGCAGGAGAAACCUUUAUUAGUAAAACAGCUUUCGUGCAGUUUAUUUGUAACAAAGAUAUAUAUGAAAGGAAUGUUACAAAUAAUCAAAAGGAUAAUAGAAUAAAAACCAGAAAUGACAAAGAUCAAUCAUCUUUAUUAACACCUUCAGAAGUUACUCAUCAGUUCUCUUUUACAGAAACAAAAAGAGCAGUGACCAACACACAUCUGACAGAAACACCACUUCCAAUGAUUGAACAGAUUUUGUUAUCAGAAACUGUUAUUUACAAGCAGCCAAAGCUUGAAUCAUCAGAGACACAACUGUGGUAUAAUCCUUCACUAUCUAACUCAGUAUCUGACGAAGAGAGCGAUCAUCUCUACAGAUCUCCAGAAUGUCUCGGUCCAAAUUUACCAGAGGUGGAAGACGCUAGAGUAUCACCCGAAUCUGUAAAAUCUGUCAGUGAAUUUGGGCCCCUCACACCAGAUGCCACCUCACCAGAACUGAGGUUGGGAUUGUCAGAAUGUGUCAAGUAUGUCAGAACAACACCACCCCCUGAAUCUAAAGCUUCAGAUCUUGAUUUAUUGCAACUGAAAUCAGACCUUUUAGAAUUCAGGCCUUCAUCUCCAGAAUAUGCUCUGUCUGAGAAUCAGGAUGAGAGUCAGAGGCCUUUGUCAUCUCAGUCACUGCCUGAGUGCAGUCCUGUGUCUUUCCAAUUAGCCUUGUCUGACCAAACACCAUCAUGUCCAGAAAUCAUUUCAGAAUGGGUCCAGAAUAGGUCACUUUCUCCAGACUCCCCCAUCCCUCAGUUUGCUCCAGUACCGCAGGUCUACCCCAUGAAACAUCUCAUCUUAGGCUCAUCCUCAGAUUCUGAAUCCAGUGAUUCUGCUGAUAUGUCAGAUGGAAACACUAGGCGACCCUCCUCACCUGAAUCCAUUUCAUCCAGUUGGUUAUUGCCUGAUUCACCAGUUCCUGAAUUUAUGAGAAUUUUAUCUUCUUAUUUUAUGGAUCCUACUUCCUAUGAUAGAUACCCCUCCCCUGUGUCUUUGUCAUCAGACUCUGAGUUUGUAGCCUUACCAGUUGAAUGUUGGACUGAUAACCCCAGACCUCUGAGCCCUGCAAGCCUUGAAUCUGAGAAGAAAUUUUGUUUUGAUGAUGAGCUCAGUUCAGAGGUUUCACCCCACACAUGGGGUGAAACAUCUUCCGUGCAACCAGAACAGACAAAGUUAGCGACUGUGUCAUCAUCACCUAUUAAAUCUGCUAAAGAAUAUUGCCCUCAUCUGCAACAAAUGACAGAAUCCACAUCAAAAUUCUGGAUAUGCAAAGAAGAAACUUUCCACAGAUCAAAAGCAGAUGAAGAUGCCGGAGAAUACUUGUCUCCAAAGCCAUCAACAGCUAAAGAUGUGAAACAAAAGGACACAAAGACCCAACAAAAAAGUGGUGAAGAACUACAGGGCAAACCAACCCAUCAUGGGGUUCCCCCAGACUUUCGAACAUUUGAUACCCAGAGCAACCAGUUUCCUGACACAGCAGCAACAGAUUGUGGCAGUAAAACUGCAGUGAUAUUCUUUGAUGAUAAGCCAAUCACAUCAGAUCCCAUACUCCUACCUGACCAGACUUCAUACAAAACACACCGAACUGUUCCUCCUGUACUGUCUGUGCAUGAGAAAGCUUCGAGUUUAAAGUCCCAUGUGUCCAGAGAGAAUCCAGACACAUGGGACUUUAUGCAAGGUCAGUCCUGUGAACCUUUUUCAGCCAAGUCAGAUGAGUUUUUGGUACCAAUAUUUUCGAGUCAACAAGCCCUGGGAGUUUCUGAGUGUGGCCAAGCAUUCUCCAAUGAUUUGAGUCCAGUAACGCCAGUGUUUAGUGGUCUCAGCUCAGCACAAUUUGCCUCUGAAGAUACCAUCAGUGAAGAGCCAGAAGUCACUGAAGACUUUACAUUUUCUCUAGGCUUUAGGAGAGUCCUCUCUGAAUUCGAGAACAUAGCAUUGGAAUUUGAAUCAAACACUACAACCAGCCAACAGAAGAAAUCAAGUAAGGGUACAGAGUCUCCACGUCCAUCAGAUUCAGAGCCAGAAUUCUUUGACUGCCAACAAGACUUUUUUGAACCGGAGGAUGUGAUGCCAGAAGAUGAGAUAACUUAUUUUUCUGAGCACUCUUCAAUAAGCUCAAGAAGUAGUUCAGAUAUGGGCCUACUGAGAGUCUGCCCUGAGCACACCGCUCAACGUUUCCUUCAAGUAGAACCUAAAAGGCAACAUUCUUCUGGCAGUGAAAGUCUUGGUGAAUUUGCUUAUGAUUCACAUGUUUCACGGGAGUGUGCUGCAGAGGGCGGCUUUCCCAUUUGUGAGCAGCUGCUAUCUAGAGAUCAAGCUGGGUAUUACGAUGAUGAUGACUUCCUGGGAAUGGUAAGAGGAUGAGCAUGAGCACAAUGCUACACUGGUUUCUGACUUACGUAGUUUUAGACAGAUUGCCGUUGCACACAAGAUGUAGAAAAGAAAACCUAGACUGAAUUUGUGCAUCAAUUUAAAAGGCAAAGAUGUUUCUGCUGUGAAGAAGUAUUUGCAGUUGUUCACUUUGAUGCACAGUUGAGAUUAAUAAGCUGCUGUGGAGAGUUCUACUACAUAUUCCACUGUUUGCACCAAUUGGUGUGUGCAUGUUGUUUCCCCCCUUAGUGUCAAAAAUUAAAACACUGAACAUUUCCAUAUUUCUUCCUCCCAUUUGACAUUUCCAUUCAUCCUCCUGAGCAGUAGAUAAGCUGACUCUAUUGCUGCAUGUUUGUUUUAGUUGAACAUUGUUGCUUUAUUGUGCCUUCUCUUCAUCUCGCAUUACUUUUAUGUACAACAUUUUGAAUUUAUUUCCCUUGAUCCAUACAUGUACAUUUAGCAAUGACAGAAGAUGAGUGUGAGGUUAAGAGAAAGGCCUAAGCAUGAGUUUCCUGCAGCAGUUUGUUGUAGUGUCACUGCAGAAAACGUGACAUUCACCCAUACUGGUUGUGUGCUGUCUCUAGGAGAUAGCAGAGGAGCUAGGAGCACUGUCCUCUGAUAGCUCAGAGGAGGAGGUGCUGACCACCAGAGUGGUCCGACGCAGAAUAAUC